ACCAUAGUCUCGUCCGGAAUCUCUUCAAUGAAACAUUUCUUCUCCGUCUCUCCUAUAUGGAAAUAGAGCGCGUGACUUGGAUAAAUCCAAGCUAAUGCAAAAACAACUCCAGCAGCAGGGAGCAUCAUGUAGCUUCUCUCACUUUGCGCACAUCAGCAAAAGAAGCUGUGACGCUGCAGCCAGCUGACGUCAUCAACCACUGCGGAAGAAGGAAGGGGAUUUCCUGUGACUUGGGAAUUUUUCGCCCUGAGUUACGCCUCUCAGGCAGCACUCACUUCUUAACUGUAUACCCUCCACAUCACCCAAAGAGACAAGCAAGUGUAUUCUUGCACAGAUCAUUUGAAUAAAUGAGCUAGGGACAGUGCAUGGGAGCAUUCAGUUUUAAGAUAAGGUCACAAUUGUAGGCUACUGCUGGAAAAUGUAAGAGAUAAAGAGAAAAUAAAACUCAACAUAAGAGUAAUUUGUCAAUUGCACUGUUGUUUUUGCAUGUUUAGUCUCAUGAAGGUUUAGAGUCAAAUGCCACAACAUUGAUUAACCAUAGACUGUAUGGAUUAAACCGAAGCUUGAACGGAAGUGUUGCCUGAGAAGCCAAACUCGGGGUGAAACAAUCAACUGAUUUCCUGCGCUAACAACAGUCGCCUCGGCUUUGACAGAUAACCUCAAACCACCUUAACACGCACAUUGUAUCACGAUAACGUUACAAAACUGGGCAAAAUGACUUUCGGAAGACACAGAGUUCGUUGAUGUAGGUCGUUGUUUGUGUCAGUCGGAUAACCCAGCCACUGGUUGCUAAAUUAUCCUAGCUAGCUCAUAAGCUACAUCGCUAGCUAUCGAUCUAGCAUCGGCCAGCCAUCUAGCAGUGGCUAAAUAGAUACGCGUACUAACAAGUUGUAGUUGCAGGACCGCUUGUCGGACGACAGAACUGAAAAAGAAGAGAGGGGAUGGUGCAGCCCCAACCUGAUGGCCCAAUGCAGUGGGAGAUGUCAGGAGAAGAGAGUGGCGGGACCCUCAGGGUCCCACCAGAGCUGGCAUCCAAUGAAGUGGUGACCAGGUUGCUGGGUGACAACCAGCAGCUUAGAGAGGCCUUGCGGCGGAGCAACAUAGCCUUACGUCAGCGCUGUGAGGAGAUGGAGGGAUGGCAGCAGAGGACAAGAGAAGAACGAGGAUUUCUCAGCUGUCGUUUCCAGGAGGCCAGGGCCCUGGUGGAGAGGCUGGCCCAGGAGAACCACUCCUUACAGAGCUUGGUGAACGGACCAGCCUCUAACCUCGCCUCUAACCACUGCUGCAGCUCCAGUCAGACUGAAGACCUGCAGGGGCGCCCAGCGAGGAGCAGACCACUGGACGGACCACAGACACUAGAUCAGCGGGAGAAGAAAAGAGUUGAAGACACGGAUCGACACACACAGACCACACCGCCUCGCAGUCUGGGCGACGCGAGUGUGCGUAACUCCUUGAGUAGCGCCGUCCCCUCUCCCUCUACCUCACUCUCAGAGGUAUGGGGGGAGAUCGUGGGCAGGGAAAAUGGGCAGCCUGUGGAAGGCGCAAACGAGUUCCUCCAGCUGCUGAAAAGCCACAAAGAAAAACUGGAGGAAGGGAUGAGGGAGCUGAGGAGGAAGAAUGAAGAGCUGGAGAGGGAGAGGGACGAGGGAGAGAAAGAGAAGGAGCGACUGCGGCGCUGCAUUGACCAGCUACGGGCCAAACUGGCACAGGUAACACCGUGAUGCAAGCACGUAGUUCUACCUCAAGAACCAGUGCAGGGAUCUAGUUCUACAGAUGAGCAGGACAGACAUAAUGAGAUGAAAGUCUAUGUUUAACUGUUGGGUCAAGAAAAGGCCAAUGAGGCAUUCAAAUGAUUGUUCAGUGUGGUUGUAUGAGGUGCUUCUCCAUAGUCAUAGUGGUGGAGUUUAUAGAAAACAGACAGGAGAACCAGCACGGGAGCAAACCAAUGUACUGCUGUGAUGUAUUUUAGACACCUAAACUAAAAACAAAGGCUGACCGAGAAAGAAUGAAUCAAGAAUAUUUCCAUUGCUGUACCUUGCUGUCAGACAGCCCUUUCCAACAGGAGCCUAAGUCAUGAUAUCUAUUUUUGAUCUCUUCAGAGCCACCAGAGUCUCGUGACAAAAACUUUCAGGACACAAUAGUUGCUGAUCUCCCGCUGCAUCAAUCGGUUAGUUUGCGUAAUUGUGUGACUUUGAAUCUGAUCUAACCCUUUAAAACACCAAAGUCAGACAAUAACACAAUCAAACUCACCGAUCAAGGCAGCGUAGUCAGCAGCUCCUGUGUCCUGCCAGGUCA